ACUCAUGUUCGGGUGUGUCAUCAGUCAACAACUGUAUUUCAACCACACAAUGUCGAACUGGACAGUCAUGUUAUACAAACUCCUUUACAUCCGGACAAGACACAAAGUUAACAAUGGGCUGCACUAAUAACGAACAAUGCGGUAUUCAAUCAGGCAUUGUUGGUCGGGACGUCAGUGAGCGAGAAACGAGUUGCCAUGAAUGCUGCAGUACAGAGAGAUGUAACAAUCAACUAUGUAUCCACUUUAAACCUACAACGUGUAUGGACGAUGUGAAAGUAGAUUGUGCUUACUUAAAUGCAAUGUUCAACAUAUGCAAAGACAUUCAGCAUUCGAAAAAUGUCUGUCCGAAAUUCUGCGGCCUCUGUACAUUAGUGGACGGAAACUGGGCAGAAUGGUCGCAAUGGUCGGCUUGUGACGUGACAUGUGAAAAAGGGCUGCAGACAAGAAAAAGAACAUGUACUAACCCUGCCCCUGCACACAAUGGCCUUGACUGUGUUGGAAAUAAAACAGAUACAAAAACAUGUUUAAACCAGCCAUGUCCCA